ACAAUUAACACACAGGUAACAAAAGCCAACCAUUAGAUUGUCAAACAAAUUCAAAGCAAAAACAUACAUCCAAAUGGAAACCAUGGUACUAGCUUAAGGUAUUUGUUGACAGAUGAAAUUGAACAUAAUAAGAGGGCAAAAAAAGUAAGGGAGCGAAAUGCAAUAUAAAAAUAACAUGCAUUCGUUAAGACAUGAUCAGGAACAGAAAAUGCAUACGAUAUGGAAUGCAUGCUAAAUUAAAUAAUUACAAUUCUACAUGGAUAAAAAUGGAGGCCACCUAUUUUAGAAAUAUUCAUCAUGGAAACAAUAGUAUAAGACGAACAUGCCUACUCUGAGUUAAAUAGAACAAAUUUCUGUUUUACUAUAUAUCAAGUAGUGUUUUUCUUUCAUUUUGUCUUUGAACUAUGAAGCUCCUUAACAUUAAACAUAAUGUGUAGUGCAUAUGCCUGCAACUUAACAGAAAUGCUUAUCAAAUAUAUUGAUAUGAAAUGGCCAAUGUUUUCCUUAUACCAUUAAUUAAGUUUGUUGUUUUUUCUUUAAUAACCUGCCAAAUGCCAAUUAAUAAAAAAUUGCAGUAUUGCUACCGAACUCUUCGUAAUUUAUUUAUUUUAUACUUUCGGAAAGAAAAAAAUUAAAUGCAAAUACAAAAUCUGAAUAUAUUAUAAUUUAAUUCUAGUUUCCUUGUAUAAACCUCAUUAAGUUAAAAAAAUUCAGAGUAAAGAAAAUAAACUCAAAUGCUGAAUACGGGUGAUAAGGGGCCAUCAUUUCCUACAUUUAAUAUGGCCUUUUCUGAUUUUUUCCUUUUGUAUAUGGAAGGCUUGUAACCUACCCCUCUAUAAAAUUGUGAAUUCAACAAGCACUCAUCCACAACAGAGAAGUGACGAAAUAUUUUUUGAUUUACAGUUUUCUGCAACUAUGGAGAAGAACAAAGGCAGAGACUGUGGGAUUUGUGGUAAGUUUUUCUCCAGUGGGAAAGCCAUCGGAGGCCACAUGAAAUCUCACUUAGUCAUACUGCCGAUUCCUCCAAAGCCUGAAACUAUGAAUCAAGCACUAGACAAUUCAGCCGAUUUAACCCAGCCUCCAAUUCAACCCACUUCCUCACUAACUAGCCUUCCCGAAAAGAAACAAACACAUGAUUUCCGAUCUAUGAAACGCAACUUCUUUACCUUCUCUGCAAACUCAAACAGAGAAAAUGAAUUUGUGUUCAUCCCUAAAAUCCCAACCCGCAAAAGAUCCAAAUACUGCAGCAAACUUAAUGCAGUAGACAAUACAAAAACUCAGCUAGAACAAACAAAAUCAAUACUUGACCCUGUUGCACUAGUAAUUGCUGAGAUUUUGAGUACGAUUAAAAGCAAAGAGAGGAACAAACAAAUCAUAAAUGAAACCAACAAAAUGAAGGCAAAAGACAGUGCAGGCAGUAACGAUGACUCCCUUGUUCAAGCACACUCUCGAGCAAGGUUCAUAUGUGAUAUGUGCGGAAAAAUGUUCGGAUCGUAUCAAGCUCUUGGGGGGCACAAAGCAAACCAUAAGAAAACUAAGAAUCCAUCGCAAGAAGGUGGUUACUCUGAUGAUGAAAAAAGUGACAACAAUGGUGAUUUUACAGAUCAGAAACUUUUUCAGUGCCCAUAUUGCUACAGAGCGUUCAAGUCUGCCAAAGCGGUCGGUGGACACAAGAAGGUACACUUUCCCAAUACUAUGGUUGCUAAUGCUCGUACCAGUGCUAUUGAUUUUCUAGGUGUUCGGUAGAUCUCAAUAUUCAAGCUCCUAGAGAAGAUGAAGUGGAUAGCCACACCGGUAUUGAAUUUUCCAGUCCCCUGUGAUGAUACUUCAGUCUCACAAUGCGAUUGCAGAGAUAAGAAAUUACAGACUUAAUUUGUAUCUCUGUACACAGUUAUGAACUGUGUUCAGAUCUGAACGUUAAGAACUAUAUAUGCUUUCAAUCAUUUUAAGGUUUAACAAUUUGACAUUGUAGGUCUAUAUUUAUAUUUAUGUAAGAGAGAUCUUUGUUUUGAUUAUCAUUUAAGUGUUCUUGCCCGUAGUUUCUAUCUUCUUUGUCUGUUAGUUCAUGUUGCUUAGGGGAACUAUUUCUCCAUAUCUCCGUAACUGUGAAGCAUGAGUACUUUUAAGAUGGUGAAGUACCCGUACCGAGUACUUACCCGGUACCGAUACUCGUACCAUACUCAUGGUUACUCGUUUUUUCUUCAUUAUUCCUGCGCAAGUGAAAUUGGUGAUUUUUUUAUACAUUAAUAUAAUAUUAUUUAUGCAUUUGAGUUUUUUUGUUGUUGUAACCUAACACAAUUUUUGACUUUUUAAACUUUAAUUAUGAUUUUGUACGGUGAAUUGAACAAUUUAGGUCUCUUAGUUAAAUUAUAUAAAAAAAAAGUCAUGAUUUUUAUUGAUGUACCCCAUACUUUAAUUUUACUUAAAAUACUAAUCCUGUACCCAUACUCGUAUCUGGUACCGUACGCGUACCACCUAUGCAUCAUAGCUCUGUAAAGACCAAAAUAAUCAUAUUUACUUUUGUUUGCGCAUGUAUGGUUUUAGAUCAAACUUCACCAGCUCCUGCUUUGUAUUUUUGAAUGCUGGUGAAAAUGUAGAAAGCUUAGGAUGACAGGCUUCUCUAAUGGGACAUUAGAAAUCUCUAAUUGCCACAAGGCCUGUAUUUAUGAAAUAUGACUCCCCAAACUAUGGCUUAAAGUUAAACUAGUGGACUCACAACCGUAUGAUUAGGCUCAAGUGGUUAAUGAGUUUCAAUUAAGGACGAAUACAUCAUGAGUACCCAAGUUCAAACCUUGACUGAAACAACUUUACUAACCUUUCGGUCGAACUCUAGAUUACUAGGACCCCUUUCCCUUGGAAAAUAGAGAGUUACGACAAAAAGCAAAUGGACUCCCAUGUAUUAUACAAAGGAGUAACACACAUAUCACACAUAAAAUGCUGAACAACAAUUGUAAACAAAGUUUCUUUGUUAUUAUAUACUCGUAGAAGCUUUGACAUAAUUACAAGUAUUGUCAAUGUCCUUAUUACUUAGAUACAAAAACAUUUCAAAUUUCUUUGAAUCUAGGAAGAUAACUUUUGUUUAAACUUUGAGUUGAACCAUAGGAAAGGUUCAGUGCCAAACUGCUAGGCAGAUGCUCUGAUAUGGUUUUCUAGGAGAGAAAUUAAGAUUUGAUGAAUUAUUCCUUUUUCAAAAUUUGAAAGCUUCUGUGAGUUCAUCUGAUAGCUUGCAAAGAGGCUCGGUGUAAGAGAAAUAGCUCAGAAAUCAUGAUCCGACAAAAGCAGUAUCAGAUCUAUCCCCAAUAGUUUAGAUAUGCCAAUAUGAUUCCAAAAAUAACAAAACAGAGAUACCGGAUUAUGCAAAAGUGUGGCGCCCUCUAAUGGGCCCCAGGUGAAUGAAAAAAACGAAGCAGACAAAACUGUACAGAUGGCAACUAUUUCAAAUAAUAAAACGAGGAAAAAAGCAAAACCCAAGCAGUUGAGAAGGCGGCUGAAUGGAGUCAUAUAGGAACUGCAGAUGUAUAUGUUGCAUGUGUGCGCGCGUGUGUGCGUGUGCAUGUGCGCGUUACACUAAUUUAUAGAUUCUUAAACAUAAUACCUAAAUUGAUGAAUAUAGAUAGAUACUAGUCAGUGUUGUCAGUAGCAUAUCACGGAAAAUAACGGUUUGUUCAAAUUCUACUACACAACAAUGCUAUAUAUAGCACCGCUAUUUGACAACGUUUUGUACUAAAUAGCAUAUUGCUGAAAAAUAGUUAUUUGUUCAAAUUCCACCACGCCAUAGCGCUGCUAUAGCCAUGAUUUAAAACUACUAAUACUAGUAACAUAUGGCAUAUGGACAGAACGGAAUGGAACUUCAUAUUUUGCUCUGUUCUCUUUGGUUCCAUCAUUUUUUAGUGAAAUCAAAAUUCGUUACUUCUUUUACUUUUUGUCGAAUUUACUCUGUUAUGUUCUAAAUUAUUUAUGAAAUGCGACCUAAGGUUACAUUGUAGUUGCUCUAAUUACUAUAGUUUAACUGAUACUGAUACUAUACCACGUACAAUUAUCCUAUUUACUUACUACACUCCCUGCCUUUCUGUUGCGGGAAAAUAAAAAUAUAAUACGGAAGGCCCUAGAGGACCGAGAUGCAGGACGCCAAUUGAUGAUGAAAAAAAUGGAUUUCUCCAUGAUGUGUCAUCUAUCAAUCUCUGCUCAUGCCUAACGCAACUUUUAUUAGUUAGAGUUUUAUUCUUUGAUUAAAGAAGGAAUGAGAUAGAGAGGGAUUUUUCAGAUUAAGUUAGAGUUUCAAUUUUUAACAAAAAAGUAAAUGGGGAGAGAAGGAAUUAUGAGAUUUUAUUUUUAUUUUUAGGAGAAACAACG